GGAUGUCAGGCGCACUGCGGGCUGCUGCUGCUGGAUGAUGAUGAUGAUGAUGAUGAUGAUGAUGAUGCUCAAUAAUCCGCCGGUGUUUCUCAGCAGCAUCACUGUGAUGACGGUGAUACAGGACAACAUGCAUACAAACAAACAAACAAACACAAACACACAAUCACAGUGAUGUAACUGAUGUCUCAUGUUCCUCCUCGGCAUCAGUUUCAGUGUGAGUGUGAGUGUGAACGCGAUGGACACGACGAGGAUUUAUUUCAUCUCAUGAGACAUAAAGCGGGAUUUGUUCAUCUUUCAUCGCUUUGGGAGAUCAGGAAGCCGUUUUCUUGUCAUCUCAUGGUCAGGAUUCACACUUCGGAUGGUGAAAAUGAAAUCUCGGGUUCCUCUUCAGAUUCUGCUGUACGUCACAGUCAUCAGAAGUGUAAAAGUGCUUUCAAAACGAGGCUCAGUGGACGGUUGUACUGACUGGUCUGUGGACUACCUGAAAUAUAAAGUUCUUCUCGGAGAGCCCGUGAGGAUUAAAUGUGCUUUAUUUUAUGGAUAUAUCCGUACAAAUUACACACACGCACAGAGUACAGGACUCAGUUUGAUGUGGUACAAGAGCACGGGUCACGGAGACUUCGAGGAGCCCAUUUCCUUUGACGGGAAUCGUAUGAGUAAAGAGGAGGACUCCAUCUGGUUCAGACCGGCCGAGUUACAGGACAUGGGACAUUACUCGUGUGUGUUGAGGAAUUCCACCUUCUGUAUGAAAGUUUCGAUGGUCCUCACUGUGGCUGAGAACGACACGCGUCUCUGUUACAACUCCAAAAUGAGAUAUUUUGAAAAGGCCGAGCUGAGUAAAGGUAAAGACAUCCUCUGUCCCGACAUAGAUGACUACACGCAGCCUGGAAAAGAGCCUGAGUUGACCUGGUACAAGGAGUGCCGGCCGAAACACUGGAGGCCGACUGUGGUCAGGAAGGCCGAGGUUCUGUCGAUUAAAGACGUGAGGGAAGAUGACAUGGGGAAUUACACCUGUGAAUUACAGUUUGGGAGUUUCAUGGUGAGGAGGACCACCGAACUGUCCGUGACCGCGCCGUUGACUGACAGGCCGCCGAAGAUCCUGGAGCCUCCUGAAAGUCAAAUGAAUGUUCUGGAGAUGCAGUUAGGCAGUCCUGCCAACCUGACCUGCAGAGCUUUCUUCGGCUACACAGGGGGUGCGAGUCCUCUCAUCUACUGGAUGAAGGGUGAGAAGUUUAUCGAGGACCUGGAUGAAAGCAGGAUCAGAGAAAGUGAAAUUAAGACAGUUCGUGAGCAUUUGGGCGAGCAGGAGGUGUCCAUCUCCCUGACAAUAGAUGCUGUCGAGGAGAACGACCUGGGAAAUUAUUCCUGUUAUGGGGAGAACGGCCACGGCAGACGGCAAUCCAACAUCCAGCUCAGCAAGAGGGCAGAGCUCAUGUACAAAGUGGAGUUGGCAGGGGGUUUGGGAGCCAUUCUGCUGAUGUUGACAUUUCUGGUGUGCUUAUACAAAUGCUACAGAAUUGAACUCAUGCUGUUCUACAGAAGUCACUUUGGUAGUGAGGAUGUUGAUGGAGACCAGAAAGACUAUGAUGCAUACGUUUCCUACACUAAAGUGGACCCGGACCAGUGGUGUCAGGAAACCAGAGAAGAAGAGCGUUUUGCUUUGGAGAUUCUGCCAGAUGUUUUGGAAAAGCAUUAUGGGUAUAAACUCUUCAUUCCUGACAGAGACUUGAUACCGACUGGAAGUUUCAGAAAUGAUCAUCUUCAGGAUGACACAAGACUCCUUAGAGCCUACAUCGAAGAUGUGGCUCGCUGUGUGGACCAGAGCAAGCGCCUCAUCAUCGUCAUGACACCCAACUACGUAGUGAGACGCGGCUGGAGCAUCUUUGAGCUGGAGACACGUCUGCGCAACAUGCUGGUCAGCGGCGAGAUAAAAGUCAUUCUGAUCGAAUGCGCUGAGCUGCGAGGAAUCAUGAACUACCAGGAGGUGGAGGCUCUCAAACAUACCAUCAAACUUCUAACGGUCAUCAAAUGGCCGGGACCCAAGAGGAGUAAACUCAACUCCAAGUUCUGGAAGCGGCUUCGUUACGAAAUGCCCUUUAAGCAGCCGGAACCCAAGCUGUCGCACGAACAGGUACUGGACCUGAGCGAGCAGGGACCUUUCGGCGAGUUGCAGACCGUUUCUGCCAUCUCCAUGGCAACAGCAACAUCCACCGCCAUGGCGACCGCGCAUCCGGAGCUGCGCUCCACGUUCCACAACACGCAUCACACGCAUCUGCGACAGAAGCAUUACUACAGGAGUUACGAAUACGACGUCCCGUCCUCCGACACCCUUCCGCGCCUGUCGUCGCUGGGCAUCCAGCACACCUACUGCAACAUCCCCAUGACUCUAGUGAACGGCCAGCGGGCACAGGGCAAAUCGGCCCACGUGCAGCAGCCGGGGGUCGAGGAGCCGCACGUGAACAAUGUCAUGCUGCCGCUGUUGCCACGGGAAACCAGCAUUUCCAGCGUCAUCUGGUGACAUCAUCAGGACUUCAAUGGCACUUCAUAAAAGCAAACAAAAGGACGCUGCUGCUGCUGUUGACUGUGCACCACGGGGUUUUGAACUUGAUAACACUCGGCCAGUGUGGAGGAUAAUACUCACACACACUUCUAUACUGUAGGAAUACAGGGUCUUGUUCAUAUUUUGAAGUUUCUUUGUAGCAUUGCAAUUUUUUCAGUUAUGGUGUUUGUUUUUCUUUUUGACAACUUUUAUACAGAGUUUUCCCCUGGGACUGAACAGAGACUUAGUAACCAAUUACCUGUUGUGCUUUGCUCUUGACUUGGUAGUUUGAAAUGAUAUUUUUACUUAACCAUUCUAGGAUUCGUGGCAUUGUGAUGCUUUCUUUAAAAAAGAAACCUUUUGUUAAAGAAAAAAAACUAUUUAUUUUUUGCUGUCAAUUGAUGAGAUUUAUUCACUUUGAAGAAAAAUGUCAUUAUGCAAUUGCUACUGAGGCCUAAAGCUCGAAUUCUUCCUGAAUGAAGGAGCGAGCAGAUGGGACACGUCUCUCUGCUGCUCUGUGUUUCUCUCUUAUGAAACUUUCCAGUAGAAAGCUUAGCUGUAAACUUCAUGGAGAGUAAUUUCAGCUUAAGAAAAACUAAAUUGUAUAUUAUUUUCAAGUAAAAACUAUAUUUUUGUAACAAAGAGUUUGCUUAGCGAGACAUACUUCAGUCACAUUUCAUUCAAUUCAAACAUAUGGCAACAGGUUGAGCUCAUUGAUUGAUGGGUAAACUGACAAAAGUAUUGACAAAAGUUUCUGCCAUAUUCUGAGGAAUCUGGGAGCAUGAAUAUUUGUGUAUUUAAACGUCCCCACAACAAUGAGGUCCAAAAAUGCAUUCAAUGUAUAGUAGAAAUAUCUUUAUAUUUACAGACGCAUUUCACCCGUUUUGAUGCAUGUCUCCAGAUGAUAUCUUGAUUUCUUCACUGCAUAUUAAGACCUGUUAACCUCCACUCUAGUGCCUCCAGCUGCUCCACACCUUCAGGUUUUAAAUCCCAUCAAUUGCUGUUUCUAAGGUAAUACCGUGACAUCACGUCCUGUAUGCAGCUCAUCAUUACAAAGCUGUUCACAUUAGGUUUGUUAUUAGAAGCAACAGAUCUGCGCUGAUUUUUAUAAUGAGCAACACCUGUGAUAAUGUGUGCUGUUCUUAUUUCUUAAUUCAAAGGAACGAAGUGAAUUUUAAGGCCAAGGGGGUCACAAUAGGGUCCCUCACACACCCGAUAUGUGCUGGACUGCCCAGGCAUUUUUUUUUAAAUCCUCCCCAUUACACAAAAUACCAAAGCCUCACGUUCAAGGCAAGGCUUUACAUCAAUAUCUUACUGCGACGUGUUAUCGAAAUAAAACCAAAGAUGGCAAACAGUGAGCUAGUGUUGGGGAAAUGCCUUGAAUAGCAAAAUGAUUUUCCUCAACCUCAAAAACACAGCAAAGCAGUACCAAUAUCUCUAGAGCAACAGAAUCUUGUUUUCAGACUGUUUUGUGUUGCUCACAACGUUCAUCUCAUCAGUAGUUCCAAAAACUAGUUUUACUCGAAAUGAAAGACAAAAUGCAAAAACAUGUAAGCUGCUUGUCUGAUGAGAUGUCUGAUGCAUGGCCCUGUUUUCUUCAUCAUGUCUGCAUUUCACCCUAAGGCCACAAACACAGAUUUCCAGUUUGUCAAUACACGUUUCAAAUUUGAUGGUGCUUUGCUUUUCUCAGAAAUGUCGAUCUGUUAGAACCCUGCAAUCAUUGUUCUGGGAGGGAACCAAUCAGAAUAUGUACAUUAUUUGAUUCAUUUGGGUUUCUUGUAUUUAAUGACAUUCUGUAAAUACUAAACAAUGGUAAUAAGAUAAAGACAAUCUAGCCACAUUCAUGAACAAACAAAUGUUUCCUCACAUUAUUCUGAUCAAAACAAUAAUCAGAACAAUUAUUAUAAUAUAGAGCACAGAAAUGGUCUCUGGCACUUUCAACAAUCUUACACUAAAGAUUAGGGUUCUGUUUGUCUCCUAUUUCUCAAUUUUUAUUAUGUACCUGCAAUGUUACAGAGAUAUUAUCAUUAUUAUUAAUAACAAUAA